AUGAUGUCUUCCCAAGAUCCACCUUCAUUACUAUCUUCCACAUCCACCUCAUCCAAUUACACAGGAACCCCAGACAGCUUGCCCACUGUGAGUUCCAGUAAUCAGACCCUCAUCUCCUAUUAUCUGGCAUCAAAUCCGCGCCAGUCUCAUCAACCCUCCUUCGCACGUCGUCAGGGAUAUGACAGUACCACAGAAGAUGAAUACGAUGGUGAUGAAUUUGACGACGUGGUAACACCAACAAUGUCAUCACCAUUGAUAAAGCGUCGAGAUGGGGAAGAAAGACGAGGCGGAAGGGUGAAAAGCAAAGAAGAGGCAGGUACUGUCUGUUGGAAUGUUGAAGGCGAGGAUGCUAAGUUAGUGGACACAGAGAUUAACGCCGUAAUGAAUUCUGUACCUACGCCACCAACAAAAGAGAGCGAGGAGCUCACUGGGAAGACAGACAAUAAAUACGAUAUAGAACCACCGAGUUAUCAACAUUUUCUAGAAUCUAACGGUUUUGCUAGCCCGCCGCCGAGUGCGGCGGUCGUGAGUUGCACAAAUGGCGAGGCUGUGAGCCCUGUCUGUACCACUGCCACACUGGCAUCGCCAGGUCUACAGCGUUCCGACUCUGUCAAAUUCUGCCGGCCCUUGAACGGCAAUGCUCAGCGCAGCGGGUACGGAUCUUCAGUUGCUGGGAUGGCUGGAUCGAACCCGGUUGCCGGCGUCAACCGACCUGCUCGCCGGGUACACAGUCUUAAACUCAAACGACUUCACGUGCUCGGAUCCCGGGGUGGGAUCGGGGGAGGAGGUGGUGGUGGAGGAGGAGGAGCAACAAGUGGAGAUAAGUUGAUAUCAGGUGACACAUGUGGUAUAGGAAUCGGUGCUAAUAACACUGGAGCACCUACAGUAGGACACGUUAACCCGUCUAUUACCAUAACGCUCGAUUCCGACUCGGAUUCAAUCUACAGCGACUAUCUCAGCCCGGAAAUUAACUACAAGACGCACGAAAGCAAAGUACAAUUUCUAGGCGACGAAACAAGCCUGUACGGGACUCCCAAAGAGGAACUGCCGUCUUCAUCAGAUCCGCUAACUUUAGAUGCUUUUCCCAAGACAUCCAGUACGACAAGCUACUUGAGAGAACAAAUCAUGAAUUUCUUUCAGCCUUCCGACAACAAGCUGGCUAUGAAACUGUUUGGCAACAAGAAUGCCCUCAUCAAAGAAAAGAUGCGCCACAAGAGAGUUGGAAACUGGGUUAUACAUCCUUGCAGUAACUUCCG